UAGUAACGAGUAACGAGUAACGGAGCACCGGAGUACCGAGUCCCGGUCACCUGCAGACCCGCGGACCCGCUGCUGGACCCGCACCCCCGAUCAGAGCAUCGAUCCGGAUCAAUCCCUGAUGUCAGACCAGACCAGACCAGAACCGGACCAGGUGAUGACGUCAGCCUGACAGCAUCGAUCCCCGCUGAGCUGAUCGAUCACAUAUCAGGUCCUGGUUCCUGGUCCUGGUCCCGGUCCUGGUCCCGGUCCGCCCCCCCCCCCCCUCUCCAGAUGCUGCCGGCCUCCAUCCAGAUCACCGGGGAGCUGCUGUCGGCGGCCGAGGUGCAGGACAUCGUGGAGAGCCUGAAGGAGGACGGCGUGCGGCUGCUGUCGGUGCGCGGCUGCCAGCUGUCGGACCGCGACUUCGGCCGCGUCUGCCGCGGCGUCGCCGAGUCGCACUCGCUAGCGCAGCUCAACCUGAACCUGGGCGUCGUCUCCGGCAUCGGCCGCACGCGCCAGCUAGCCGACGCGCUGCGCAACAACCGCUCGCUGCAGACGCUGUUCCUCCACGGCAGCCCGCUACUGGACGCCGGCCUGGUGGCCCUGAACGCAGCGCUAGCAACGCACCCGGCGCUGGUCUGUCUGGACCUGGGGGACUGCAUGCUGGGGGACGAGGCGCUAGCGCUAAUCUGCGGGAUGCUGCCGCCCGACGGGGCCAAGUCAGGUCUGAGGGAGCUAACGCUAAGCGCUAACCCGGGGAUCAGCUCCAAGGGCUGGGCUCGUCUCUCCAUCGCCGUCGCCCACAGUUCCCAGUUGAGGGUCCUGAACCUGGACUACAACCCGCUGGGUGACCCGAUCGCAGGGAUGCUGUCGGUUGCCGUGGCGUCCAGCAGAACCCUGGAGGUUCUGGACCUGGAGGGAACCGGACUCACCAACCAGUCGGCCCAGGGUCUCUGGUUGCAGGUCUUCCUGGACAUGGUGCAGAACUUCCCCACCAGCCUGAGGGUCCUGGUCCUGGUGGAGAACCAGAUCAGUCUGGAUCUGCAGCAGCAGAUCAGAGACCUGCUGGAGGGGGACGAGGACCCGGACCAGGACCAGGACCGGGACCAGGACCAGUACCAGGACCAGGACCAGGACCGGGACUGGGAGGCCCCGCCCCUGCAGCGACGCCCCGCCUCCAGCAGGGCGCUGCAGCCAAUCAGAGACAAGUACCAGCCGCCCAACUGGCUCGCUCACAGCAGCCUCCACACCGUCACUCUGACCUCAGGUCUAGGCGAGAGUUUAUUGGCCGAGACUGAGAUGUGACUCCGCCCACAGACACGCCCACUUCCUGUCAGACAGUUGUCCUGGUUUGAAUGUGUCUCUCUGCUCUGCACUUCACCUGACGACAGCCGGCCACGCCCUCUGCGAGGCCCCGCCCCCUCCAGGGAGGAGGGGGCGGGGCCUGCGGACAGGUGUGUUCCUGAUGAAUGUACCUUCAUUUCUGUUGAUUCGUUUGCUGCUAUGAUGUCACAAUAAUAAAACUGU